UAGCUUCAGUCGACCCCAGGCCGUCGUCGUGGUUGCGCGGUUUUUUUGUGCUGCUACAUUCGCUGUGAGAGAGAGGACGAUCUCUUGUGGACACCUUGCCUCUGACUGAUUAUUGACUCGGUUCCUCGGUUUCUUUUGGGACACAACAGUGAAAAGCAAAACAAAGUGUCGGGAUAUAUCUCCUGGGUGUUUUUUUUUCUUGUCCCGCUAUUCAUCUCGGUGCGCUCGACUCCGACUCCGGGAUUCCUGCCUGUUUGCUGCACACGGGCGGUGAACGCAAGGAAGGUUCCUCCGGCAGGAUCUAGUCUCGGGCUGCGAGGGAGUGACGCGUCAGCGAGCUCGAAUCGUGUUUUGCGCUUUAAUCAUGCUAAGUGUUAAUCCAUUAAAAUUGUGAAUAGCGCGCACACCCGCGCGUGUGAGGUGAUCAAACUGGAUUGAAUUGUGAAGGUCCCCCCAAAGUGUAGUGCAACGGAGAAAAGGUUCCGUUUUUUUCGUGUUUGCGAAGAAAAGCUUUGUGAAACGGAGAUUUUGCAGCAAUCCUUUCCCAUCCCGGGUCCGGAGCUCGAACGAUACGCGGUAUGGCGCUUGGGCCAAGUGCGCGUACGACAGAUGUCAAGCGGCGGACCAACCUCUAAAGGCUAGAAGGAGGAAAGUGUUUCAAGAGAUUUGAAUGAGCUUGGAAGCUGUGCGAGGAAAGCGGUGAACUCAGUGAAGAACCCUGAUUGUGGCAGAUUAAUCGAUGCGGCACCAUAAUCAUUGAAUAAAACACACAUACAAUACUCAGUGGACCGUGAGGGUCCGAAAAGAAAUUGAAUUGAAUAGUUUAGUGACGAUUCAGAGCGCGAGUGUCGCCAGGUGUCGUGAUAUCUUACAACGACCCAAACCCCGCAAGUGAUUUGUGAAAGUGUUUUUUGAACAAUCAACCCAAGCUCGUGAGCGCCAUGAUGGAUGCAUCGGCGGUGGAAGCGCGCGGUUGGUACGACAACCAGCGCCUAGCGGCCGAGAGUUCGCUCGGGCCGUCGGCAGCAGCAGCGGCGGCUGCAGCAGCCUCCCUUGGACAGCAGUCGGGAGCCGGUGGCGUCGAUACGUCCGAUAUGAACGCGUUCUAUCGGUUCGAGAACGGUGCAGCGGCGGCAGCAGCCCACCGGCGGUACUACCCGACCGGAUACGGUACCCAUGCCUCGCGGAUGUCACCACACAUGACGCCCCAGGUGUGCCGCCCGCACUUCCCCAGCCCGCUAUCCUGGUUCAACGAAUCCACCAAACCCUUUGCGGCCAGCGGAAGCUGGAGCAGUCCCUUCAGCUGCCCCCAGGAUCCACAGGAGAGCAAGCAGAACCAGCUGCAGGGCAGUCAAGCCGCGGCAGGUCAGCAUUUGUUUUCGUUCCCGCCAACCCCACCGAAGGAUUCGACCCCGGAUUCAGUACAAACUACCCCCACAGAAUACCAAACCACCCUCAACAGUUUCAUGCACCACAGCCAGACGGCGUCCAGUGCGCUGAGCGCCGCGUCAUCGUCCAGCAACAACAACAACAACAACCACGCCGGCAUCUCAUCCCACUCGGCGGACAAUUGUGGAAUCGACGUGAAGCCAUGCCUAACGGGAGGUUCCCUCGCCGAUCGGAACGGAGCGGAUGUGGACCAGAACCAGCCAAAACAUCGGGAAGGUACGACCAACAACAGCACCACCAACAACAACAGUUCCGCAUCCAGUGCCGCCAGUCAUGGCGGGAGCAGUAGUAGUGCAGGCGGGGCCUACCAAAAUUCCGCCAACUCAUUCAAUAUGUUCGAUCAGGGCCACAGUGGGCUAGCCAGCGGGUACGAUCACACCGGCUACGGGUUCCACCAGACCGGUCACGGCCACGGGGUUGGUGGUGGUGGUGGUGGCAGCGGGAGCAUAGGCAACGGUGGAUCGUACCAGCAGAGCUCCCGGGCGCCCCUGAUGAACAGCUCCCACAUGAAGGCGCAGCGGGCCAAAGCGAAAUCCAGUGCCGAAGGACGAGAGUGCGUCAACUGUGGUGCCACCUCGACGCCCCUGUGGCGGCGGGAUGCCACCGGACACUAUCUGUGCAAUGCCUGCGGGCUCUACUACAAGAUGAACGGCCAGAAUCGACCGUUGAUCAAGCCAAAACGGAAACCAGUUACCUCCCAGCAAAGCGCGGCCAGGCGGGCGGGCACUUCGUGUGCAAACUGCAAGACCACAACCACAUCACUGUGGAGGAGGAACCAAAGCGGAGAACCAGUUUGUAACGCCUGUGGACUGUACUACAAGUUGCAUAACGUAAGUACUUCGCGGGCGCUAUACAAUGCAGCCAAGUUGCAUUCUUCUGCCAUUUCGAAACCACGGUUCCGAGUGUGUUUGUCCCAAAACUUGCCGUAAAACCACCACCACCACUGUCAAGGACAGCAGGGCAAACGGCAUCCGCCAAAUGUGUAGCAGUGCUCUGUAUUAUGUAUUCACUGAUGGUUUGAUGACUAUUAUAAUUAAAACGCCCGAUAACACUCAUUUUUGGUUCACCUGCGAUUCUGUAGCAUCACUUUUUUCUCUGUUGCUGUCGAACAUGGAAAACGGACCGCUUAUUUCCAGUUCCGCAUUGUGCUAUUAUGUGGCUUUCGUUGUAGUUUUCUGUGUCUCAUUUUCUCCUGAUUCGAUUUUGAUGAAGUUUUAAUUUUUUAAUGCUUCAUACCACGUAGACACAGACCAAGCCAAACUGUCUUCCGCUACCCAGGCAAAUGGCAGUUUUGCAUAAAUUUGAAUAAUAUUUUUUCCAUUAGAUGUGCUUAAUGAAUGGAAAACACCACAAUUUCCCUCAUUUCGGUGGACCCCCCGCUCUGUGUAUGAUUAUAUUCUGCUUUUUGUCUGUUGUUAACUGACAUUUCCUCGGUGCCGCGCCAAUUUUCCCCCUCUCUUUAAUUCCGUGUCAGCAACCGGCCAAGCAAAGACACUCUCCAGCGGAUCCCUCCGAAGAGGGGGUGUCCAUGGCAGAGUAAUUAAAUUUUGCCGAGUCCAGUAGUUUUAGGCCCACCGCACCCUUUCAGAGUGUGGAGGGGACGUCGUAAAAUUGGGUUUAUAGUUUUUGUGCAGAUGAUGACGCCUAAUGAUGGAAGAGGGUCGACGAAAAAGAGCAAAACAGUGGAACGUCGGGGAGCAUUGCGUUUCGCGUUGAAAUGUUUGUUUUUUCCUGUGAAAACCCGUAAA